AUGAAUUUCCACCGGCUCUUAGAGGACCCUCCUACUCACUCUGUUCGCUUGUCUGACACUGAAGGCGAUCGGCAUACCGAAGUUGAACGGCUUGCUCGUCUUAUUCGGCGUAUUUGCCUUGCCGAUCUUACCUUCGCCGGUGAAACUCAGUUACGUGGCAUAUUACGACGAGUGGAGACUAUAAAUCGAGUACACGUUGACGCUCUUUUAGCAGAGGCCAGACCACCACCUGAGACAGCAUCGAGGACGCGCAGACUCGUCUAUCUACAUGCACAGAAGAUAUAUCUUUUUCUGGGCGACCUUACCCGCUAUGCCCAAUUAAUCGCAGGGACACAUGAUUUCGGAAAAUCAAGAAGGUAUCCUCGUUAG